AUGGAUGACUUGGUGCUUAGUAUGGCACCCUUUGGGAACGCCUCAGUCCACGAAUUCUCGGCGCACGACGACACAUGCCUGAUUGGAGCAGGCUGCCAAGGCCUUGGUCUCGUUUCUCGCCAAAAUCACCACGACAAUGGGGCCACGUUCAGUGCUAUUCCUUACCCGACCUUCACUGGUUUCGCUAGCCAUGAUGUCGCAUCUCCUUCUCCCCAGUCACCCAAUGCCGGUGACACCUUCCCUGAGGCUAAUACUGGGAAACCGCAGUCCAGGAUGCCAUCUCCUGGCUGCGACGACCCUGAUCCAACGGCAACCGAGAUGGUGUCGUUGGUUUCGCGGCACGAGGCACCUGGUCCGCCACCUCAAAAUGACGAGCUUCUCGAGGACUACGCUCCGUCUGAGGCAGAAAGUAACGCUUCUUGUGAUAGCCAAUGCUCAGGAAGCAAAGGCCCGUGUAGUGCGGGUACAUGCGACUUCGUCACUGCCUGUAGAGACGAAAACUGCACGAGACCUGUUGUCGAGCCUGAUGUCGCCCAUAGCGCCUUCAUUUUGCAGACUAUGACGAGUGCGAAGGAAGCCAGUGCAAACCUCGUGUCUUUUCAGGACCAACCGAAUCUGUACGAACAGAACAUGGGUGAACAUAACUAUGACUUCAACUUCGCCCAAGAGGCAGGUCCCGGCUGUCCCGACCCAGGGUCGCAUGCUACCUUUGCGCACCUGUAUCAAACACAGGCGCAGGCUCAUGACUCCCAACAGCAACUUGACCAACAAGGCGAUCUAAUCCAAGUUGACCCUUUCAAUAUCUUCGCCCUGGGACCUAAUCCCCAUUGCCAUGCUCCUGCUCUGCCAGGAGCCUCAGGGCAGAAUGGUAUGGUGGAUUUCCAAGGUCAUGCUAACAGCAGCGGCAAUUUUCCCGGGGAAUGCGGUGUGCCCUUUCAAGAUCCAUUGCAGGCUUCGCUGCAUAUCCAACAGCAUGCUCAGCACGGCCAGCUAGUCCCGCUCAUGGAUCAGGGCUUUCAGUAUGUUCAGAAUAUGCAGCUGCAGCACCCAAACCAACCAGUUUUGGAUUUCUCAGGCAUGGAAACCGCAUCUGCAUAUGGUCCGUCGAACAACAACUUUGCACAACAACCCGUAACGCCUGGUCAUCAAAGGGGGCUUUUCGCAUUCGGCAAUGAACAGUUGCCAUCACCAUCGAAUCAAAACCUUGGCCAUCUCGCAUCUCCAAGCGGAGCUAGUUACCACGCAUCGGCGUCCGAUGCUGGUCAGGAAGUGCCAAAUUCCCCGGCCGACUCCUGUGCAUCGGGCGACAGCCAAAUGCAGGAUACCGCACAAUCGGUGUGCCUCUGGGAGCAAGGGGCAUCCAAGUGCGGAAUGGUUUUCGAAAAUGCACACCAGCUCGAGAUACAUGUGCAGGCUGAACACGUCGAGAACAUGCCAAAGGCUGAUGGUGGUCUUACUCACGGCCCAUACCCGAGAUUAACUGUGUAUCCAGACAAGCCCUUCAAGUGUGAUCAUUGCGUACAAUCCUUCUCUGCGAAACAGGCCCUGACGCAGCAUGUCCUAAUCCACAAAAACGCCAAGCCACUGAAAUGUGACAUCUGCGGGAAGGCCUUCAGGCAGCAGAGCGCUCUAACCAUGCACAUACGCACACAUACCCAUGUGAAGCCGCUGAAGUGUGAAAUCUGUGGCACCUUGUUCGGCGAGUCCUCGAACCUCUCCAAGCAUCGGAGGACACACGAUGCCGUUGGUCGCCACGCGUGCCCUGAACCUUUAUGCGAUAAGAGAUUCAACAGACUGGAUCAGUGCCGCCGGCACUUAGAAACAGUCCAUAAGCGUCGCCCCGAAGAAGUAAAACAUCUUGUCGCGCCCAUGACAUUUCGUCGCGAAUCUAGCGCCCGGAAUAGUCGUUCCAGCAGUAGCAGUGUGGCGGGAAGCAACAAGGCCUCGCGUCUCCCAUCGCAGCAGGCUUCUCAACCUGUACAGGCUGCUCACGAGGACUUCGUCCCAGAACUGGCGACUGUCAAACACUUCUCCGGCCAAGAGAACACAGGCAGCAUGGCGGCUCCGAUGAACUCGCCCUCUGUCCUGCAAUAUGGACAGAUGUCUUCACAAAACACCCAGAUGCUAUACAGCCCCCCGGCCGGCACGGGAUACAACACUAUGCCCAUGCAGCAGCAACCCUUCGCAGUCGGUGGUGCGAUUCCCAAUGGAGCGGCGUACAAUUUCAACCAGCCACUUCAGAACUUUGCUGGGUCAGCCUGGUAG